GAGAGACAAAAAAUGGGCAGCAUAUCUAAGAGAUGGACGACACUAAGUGGAGAAGACAAUUGGUCAGGCCUAUUAGAUCCACUUGACAUCGAUCUACGGCGAUACAUUAUCCACUAUGGCGAGAUGGCUCAAGCAGCAAGAGACGCUUUCAAUACAGAGAAGACAUCAAAGAACGCCGGAAACAGCCUAUACAAUCGUAGUAAUCUCCUCUCAAAAGUUGGAAUCGAGCAAGGAAACCCUUUCAAGUAUGAAGUGACAAAAUAUUUCUACGGCACAUCCUCAGCCCCCCUUCCGUCUUUCCUUGUAAAGUCAUUGUCAAGAGAGGCCUGGAGCAAGGAAUCGAACUGGAUAGGUUAUGUAGCAGUGGCUACAGAUGAAGGGAAGGUGGCAUUAGGGAGGAGAGAUGUUGUUAUUUCAUGGAGAGGCACAGUUCAAAACAUGGAAUGGAUUAAUGAUCUAAAAUUUCCUUCGGUUUCAGCUCCGGAAAUAUUUAGAGAACAUCAUCAUGUAAAAGUUCAACAUGGGUGGCAUUCAAUCUACACCACUGGUGAUCCUGCAUCUCGUUUCAACAAAGCAAGUGCUAGAGACCAAGUUCUUGAAGAGGUGAGGCGAUUAGUUGAUUUAUACAAGGACGAGGACAUAAGUUUGACAGUAGUCGGGCAUAGCAUGGGUGGAGCACUUGCGACGCUUAAUGCAGUUGAUAUCGUCUCGAAUGGAUUCAACAAGACGACAAUGGGCAUGUCUGUCAAGACGUUUCCUGUGACAGCUUUUGUUUUUGGUAGCCCUCGUGUGGGAAACUCGGACUUUCAAAAGUUUUUCUCUUUACAUAAGGACAUCCAUAUCCUACGUGUUCAUAAUGCACACGAUGUGGUUCCACACUACCCAUUGAAGUUGGGUUACUUGCACAUUGGUGAAGAGUUGGUGAUUGAUACAAGUAAGUCCGCAUACUUGAAGAGUCCUGGAGACAUACAUAGGUGGCAUGACAUGGAGAGUUACUUACAUGGAGUUGCGGGUGCACAAGGUAGAGAGGGAGGUUUCAAGCUAGAGGUUAGACGAGAUAUUGCUCUAGUAAACAAGUAUUCGGAUACUUUGUUGGACGAAUAUCAUGUGCCUCCUAUGUGGUGGGUUAAGAAGAACAAGGGUAUGGUUCGACAAGCAGAUGGAUCGUGGCUGUUGAUGGAUCACGAAGAUGAUGAUGUUUGUAUCUCUUAAUAACAAAAUAAAAGUCGCGACAUUUUUCAUGUGUGAUAAUUGUUGUAUCUAUACCGCCUUUGUUUGGUGAAUGAAUAAAUAAAUGGAAUCAUUUUCAUCAUAUUAAAGAGGAAUGGGAUAAUUUUUG